AUGAUUGGCGAACUUUAUCAAUCAUUCGAAAAACGCCACCAUUCAUCACAAAAAUCUCAUCUCGCAAUGUAUCUUUCAAAAAUCACGGUGAUGUUAGGAAACGAUGCUCCACAAAAAUGGUCUUUUAUACCAUGCACAAUACCAGGAUACUCGAAUGGCUUCUACAUAAUAAACACGACACAUAAUCUAGCGUUAAGAUACGAUUUGUACACGGGUGAAAUAAUGCCUUCCCCACUUGUAUUCGAGAAAGAAAGCUUCAUAUGGAAAAGAACGCCGAUGAAUGUUUGGAAAGAUCAAGACGAUUAUUUUCUGACGCCAUUCAAAGAUUCUUCGCGACGACUAACAACAGAGACAAUUCAAAUACCUAUCUAUGAUGGCAAUAAUGGAACGUUUUGCACGGUAAAUAUCGUACGAUUAUGUGGUAUCGCAGGAACACCUAGGAAUCAAUCAUGGAUAUUCGAGGAGGAUCCAUGUGAAGAAAAUUCAGAAACAAGUGAUGUUGAAUCACCAUCAGUAAAGGUGAUUGAAAAGAAAACAGAUAAAAAUGAAAAAAUCGUUAGGAUUAUUGAUGAAGUUAAAGAGUUUAUAAAAUUCAAAUGGGUUUUUGAAUGUAUAGUAAAAUUUGCAUUUUUUAUUAUUGAGAAACAAAAAUAA